CUUCCUUGGCUAAAACAGUAUCGUGUGUGAUAUAUAAACAUUAAACAUGUGAUGGUUUUGUCAGUUGUCGAGCUUUGCUGUUUUAGUGUCCGCCGUCCGGUACUCACUACUCAGUAGACAGUAAGCAAUAAGCACUAAGCAUUAUUUGUGAUUUUGUUGUUGUUGUCUGACCGUGCAAACUGCUGAAUAUUGUUACCACUCACCGGUCGUGAGCCCGGUCAGUAAUAAUAAAUCGGAUUGACGGUGUGCAUCAUUAUUGAGUAAUAACUUUCACACAUAACAGUUUUUUUUUUUUUUUAUUAUUCAAUUGUUUCUCAUUGACUGUGCACCUGGAAAACGUACAUAGGUUAGGUGUACAUACGUUGUAGAAGACUCGGUACCGACUUUGCUGUGGAGUUGUUGUGAUAACUGUUGGGCAUUGGCGAUAUUGUACUGUUCUUGUUGAAGUCGGAUGUGAAGAACAAGCAGAAUACACCAUGACGAGUUUUACUGAAGCAGGUCUGAACAAACGACUGAAAGAACUGAACUCAUCCCAGCAGAGUAUACAGACUCUGUCCCUUUGGUUGAUUCACCAUCGGAAGUAUGCUCAUACUGUUGUCAAGAUUUGGUCUAAAGAAAUAUUGGCGGGUUCAGAAUCCAAACAAUUGACAUUAAUGUACUUGGCUAAUGAUGUUAUUCAGAAUAGCAAAAAAAAGGGUCCUGAAUAUGGACUAGAGUUUGGCAAAGAAUUAGCCAAAGCAUUCAACCAAAUAUCUUUAAACAACUGUUCUUCCAAGACCAGACAGAGUUUGACACGAUUGUUGAAUAUAUGGGAAGAAAGAGGUGUUUACAGUAAAAUCCAAAUAGACGAAUUCAAGGAUGCUUUUGUUAAAGAAACAGAGGAAAAGCCUAAAGAUGAACCACCAAAUAAAAAAGUAAAACAUUCACAUAAUCACAAACUAAAGAAGACAAAGUCUCAAAACAACGGCAUAAAGAAAGAUAAAGAAAUUAUUAUUGAAGUGGAUGGUACCAAAGAAUUGCAUGUGACUUUAUCUCCUAAAACUCCUGUCAAUGAUCCUCCUGAACCAGAAGAAUUAAUUAAAGCUCUAAAUGAUUUAGAAAACGCACCUUCAUGUGAUGCAGUUGUACGAGAACGAAUUUCUAAGCUCCCUCCAGAAAUUGCUGAUGUCAGUUUACUCUCUCAGUUAAAAGGUAAAGACGAAGGUGAAGAACUUUUGCGUAAAGUUAAUGAUGCUGUUGCAUUGUUGACCGAUUAUAAUACUAGACUGGUGUGUGAAAUGGAAGACCGCAAAAAAGUCUCUUCUAUGUUGCACGAUUUCAUUCAAUCUCAAAGAGACCUUAUUGAUCAAGCAGAACAAAGAUUACAGGAAUAUCAAGGUAAACUUCAAAAAGUUUGCCAAGUGCGACAAGAGGUUAACACUCACUUACAAAAUCUACCGGAUUUAGCACAAUUGCCCAGCGUUAAAGGCGGUCUUGCGCCUCUCCCAUCAGCGGGCGAUUUGUUCACAGUGGGUUGAUGACUAUUUUGGUUGUAGCUUGAUCGAUUAUGCCGAUCAAACGAUUACACACGCUCGUCCUAUAAGUGUGUUUGAGUAACAAUAAAACGUGUUUGAAUUUAAAAAUAUAACUUCCAGGUUAUAAUGUGUAUUAGUUAAAUUAAUUUAUGUAAAAUAAUAUGGCA